AAAUCAUUUGGCAAUUGGAUAAAUUUUGGGUCAUUCUGCGCUGAAGAAAAAGAGGUUAUGCACGGACCCCUUGAUAUUCUGCAGCGGGGCGGGGUCGAGGACAAAAAGGAAGUGAAAGAAAGAAAAAGGGAAAAGACAUCAGUGACAAGACUGGACAAUGCCCUGACAGCGGCAGUUGGCGCUAACAAUUAAACAAGAAACACUAUCCCGCAUCUUCCUCUUCUUCUGUCUCUUCAACUCUCCCCCCUCUCGCCCGCGCCGCGCUCAUCCGACCCGAGACAUUUUCCAUCUCUAGGUAAAUCCAACAUACCAUCUCCUCAGCUGAACAACAAACUGCCACCGUCGCUGAAGAUUACCGUGCUUUCUUUCCGACUACACAAAUUCCAGUCUUCAAGCCGACCGGAAGCGGCGCCGAGAGCAACCAAGGCCUUCGACUGGCCCCGCCCCAUAACUCGAACGACCUAGUCGCCGCCUCCUCCACUGGAGACAUCCAGCUGACGAGACCUGGACAAUUGCUGGAGUUGACUGGAGUCCAGCAACUCCGCUGACAAGGAACAGCGGCAUCAACGACUCCAUCGUGUCCAUGCUGCUGCCCUGGCGACGCUAGCAGCCGACGGACGAUACCACCUAAAAUAGCGGCGAUAGCGGCCAAAUCAGUAGCGCGCCAAGUUGAAGACUUGCGGCCAAGUACAGGCGAGACCCUGAUCUGAUCAGCCAGACCAGCGAUCGUCCGUCACGUCGUCCUUGACUUCCAAGGAAGUGACCGACACAUAUAAGGAAACACGAGAUCAUGAGAUUGCGUGUCGCACGUCGUGGCAGGAUACACAACUUGUCCUUUUUUCGACACCCGCCGUGGCCGAGCUGAGGUGCCGUACUUACUUGCCUACCUUUGGAGAGAAGAGCGUUGACCGGGGACAUCUACACGACCGACGGAAGUCCUGUGUCCGAACUGCUGCGACAGGGAACCGCCUGUUGACUGCACGAGCGCAAUUUCCUCGUUCGACCGAGACGACGCCCGUUCUUUUCUCAACACCACGACCGACCUCGACUGACUACCUACUUACCUACAAACCUCAACCUACGACGACCUACGAACAUCUUCACCUCGACAACGUCACCUCGCGACCAUAGCCCUCUGUCGUCAACACACCUUCGUCGCCACAGAUCGACAAAUUACUCAUUGUUGUGUCACGCGACCAAUCCCAGUCCCACCUUUGCCAGUCGCUUUCGUAGCGCGCACCAUUCACGAAGCUCACUCCUUUUUUGCUACCUUUCGAUAUCAUUAUCCUUUCGACGAUACCCAAGUGAACGCAAUCGAAUCGAAUUCCAUAUCCAACAUGUCACCCAAUCCCGAACACGGGGCUUCGGCACCUACCGACCCUCCGGCUGCUGAUGCUGAACAAAAGUCCGACUCAAGCGCCCCGGCAACUCCUCCUCCGGCACCCGUCCCUUCAGCCGACCCAAAGCUCUUCCGACAAAUAACACAAUCACACACCGGCGAGUCCGACCAAGAUGUUGACGAUAUCUACAAAGUCUCCCCCUUAGCCGCCCUCAAGCUCCUCAGCGCCGGCAUCGAGACCCUCGUUUCCUUCACAGGCGAUAUCCCGCCCACGCCGCCCCCACGAUCCCCAACCAUCCCCCAUAUGCGUGGCAUGGACGCCGAAAAACAAAGCAUAGUACGGUCUAAUUCCGAGAAGAACUUGGCCAGGCUUUUGCAGCAAAAGAGCGCGACCAAUUCUCCACGGAGACCGUUCAGCCCGGCACCACAACGGCACCCGCAUCCACCUCCUUCGAGAGAAGGGCACAAACAAUCCCAGUCAAUAGACGGCGUCCAACUCCGCACCCCCAACCCAACCCCACCGCCUGGUCUCUCGUCUAGCGACGCAAAGUCGGCCCUUGAACCCUACAUCAUCGUCGGCGAGAACUCCCAACCGCUCAACACCCAACACUCGGCCAUAACCCGCAAGUUCUACUCGCGACUGCCUCCCCCGAUCUCCAUUACCGACUACCUCCUGCGCAUCCACCAAUACUGCCCCAUGUCCACGGCCGUCUACCUCGCAGCUUCUCUAUACAUCCACCGCCUGGCUAUUAUCGAGCGCGCCAUCGUCGUCACCAAGCGCAAUGCGCAUCGCCUACUUUUGGCAGGCAUACGAGUCGCCAUGAAAGCCUUGGAAGAUCUGAGCUAUCCGCACUCCAAGUUUGCCAAAGUAGGCGGAGUUAGCGAGACAGAGCUGGCGAGGUUAGAGAUCAGUUUCUGCUUCCUGGUCGGGUUUGAGCUGAGAGUGGACGAGGAGGCGCUGAGAGGCCAGUGGGAGAUGUUAAAAUCUGGUGUCGAGGCGUGGGAAGGGGUGGAGCACGACUUUUAUGGGAAACGAGAGGUGAUUACAUUGAGGAAUCCGCCCCCGGGGAGGGAGGGGAUGCAGGCGGAAGCUGCCGCCGAGGCGUGAGAGGGCCGGAGAGGGUGGAUGGAAGGGGGUCUAUUUGGGUAGUGGCAUCGAAAAAAUAAUCUUGACGUUUUUUUCGGGCGUAAUAUCAGGAGUGGGAAAGUCAAGCCCUGGUGUUCGAAGCGGCAUCCUUGCCAGCACAGGAGGACAUCUAACCCCAUGUCGUACACGAGCAAGGGCAAAGAGCAAACCGAAUGGCUUGCUUGAGCCAGGAUGGGUGUUACAACACUUGAACGGUUGAUAUUUUGCCUUUUAUCUUUUUAUCUUCUUUGCUUUUUGGGAGCAUAUCUUUAGCAUGGUCUUGCGAAGGUGGCCAGCUACAAGUCAGCGUAUGGGGGUGGUGCCCGACUGACUGCCUACCUGCCUGCCUUUCCCUGGAGUGAUACCCUAUCCCUAUAAAUAUGAAGUAUCAUUUCUUCUUUCCGGUUCCAACCCCCUUCAAUGAACACCACAUCGUUGCACCUGCUCAUUACACAAUCGAUUAUGGUUCUUUUUACCUUGAUCUAGACCUGGUUCAGGCUGGGUUACUCCAGAGCAACCCCAAAGAGGCAUGUCGUCUUGUCAGAUAUCGCUCGCUUAUCGCCGGCAUUUGGCUGUCUUCCGUCUGACCAAAACAACUCCCAACAUCACAAACUUUUUACCAACACAGCCAGGAUGAACAUCAGGACUUGCAAACUGGCUCGUCAAUGCGGUUUUGCAAAUUUCAUGACUGUUCCUUUUCUAGCUAUCGAUAUCCAACUCCAUUACUCCUCUAAGAUCCCUUUUCCCCUUUAACAUUCAAACCAUCACCUCGAAUCUCCCUGUUUUCCCCACCAUCUACACUAAGGGUAGCGGUAAGUAUUGACCAAUUUGCUCGCCGACAUUAUGGGCAAAGUCCCGCGACCAAAUUAAUUCAGUUCUCACCCGCAACCAUCUUAACAUAUCUCUCCAACACACCAUUCCUGCCCAUCUUAUCCAUAACCGUCUUGCUCGUAAUCGCCUCCGUCUUGUUGGCGAACAUGGUGCUAUUAGCCAUCAUACCCCGCUGACGCAGCACACUCUUCAUCGUCUUGUUCUGCACCUGCUCGGCAGCAGCCAUCUCGGCGCGCUUCGCCAUCUGCUGGAUGC